AUGGACCUGUGUAACUGCUGUACCAAGUGUUUCAGAAUCAACGGUAAAAAGAUCUCUGAUCAAAAAUUAUCCAUAAUAAUUUUGUGUCAAGUAAGACCUUGGCAGUCAAAACGGAGUUAAAUUUUAAACAUUUAAAUUAAACUUUUGGUCGGUAAAGAUGGAGAGGGGAGGGGCAUUGUAAUCAUGCUGGAUAGGAUAGAAGGUGGGUCUACACUCCCCAGAUCAGGUAAUUAUGAAAACGAGCAAAAAUUCUGUUUCCAAUAGCAAAGCUGAAUACUAGUAGAGUAGAUUAGUUGUAAUCUGUAUGAAGCAUGCCAGAGACUGAUCGUAGAUUGAAAUAGAUUCCUCAGUAGAUUGUAAGAACAUGAUUUCCAUUAUCAUUCUCGACUUUUGUAAAGACCCCUGGAGCCUUUUUAGUCCGGGGCCAUGUGUAAUCCCGUGGGCAUUUCAUGAACAUUUUAGUUUCUUGGAAGAAAUCUAAAGUUUAAGAGGUGUUAAAUCGUAAAAAAGUUGUCUGCAAUUUUUUCGAAGUCAUGUAAGAUUAAUUUAUGCAAAUUACAUUCAUGACCCCUAAAACACAGGUUACUCAAGUCUGGCUUUGUUAUACAUAGCCGAAAUCACUCACAUAAUGCAAAAGAAACUGUGCACAAGCGCGCUUUUAAGUCUGUUCUAUCAUAUAAAGCCUCUACAAUGCCUUUUCCGAAAUUUAGAAUUCUUAGCUGGUGGGACUAGAUUUGAAGGUCCUCAUCGUCACUGUUAUCCCUUCUAACAUGCUUAACUGUGUCAGUGUUAAAGUUCCAGUUCGUACGUUUCACUUUACAUGAACCAGACAUAUCUGUGCAUUAUAGUUUGUGCUUCCUGCACGUACAGUGUUGCAUGCGAAUUUCAUCCACACUGGAUCAGCUGCAGAACGGACAAAGGUGCUGGUAGGGAGUGUGGUUGGAACAGGCUGCAUCCCCAUCUUGUUGUCAUCCGUGUAACGUUGGGCUAGGAAUGCUAGUAUUGGGUUGUCGCAAGACUUCCAUACCAAUGCAACGAGAUUAACUAAUUUUGUCAUCUUGUGUACGGCUGCUUUAGCAGGGUGUAGCGGUUUAUAUACUUAUUGUUUCUUGCUAUAAAGAAAGAAUCUGACCUCUCCUAGGGCUCUCUCAGCUGUGUCGAUGGGAUGUACAACUGGCAGACGAAGCGCUUUAGCUUUAUGUACAUAUCAUCUAGGAUGGUGUCGCUGUUUCCUAGGCUAGAGAAGGCAUCGAGUAUCGGUCGUUUGGCUUUCUUUAGAUUAUUCUAAAAACGCACUUUGCAUUUUCCACUGAUGGUGCCUGUCUGAUCACAUCCUGAUAAAGCGUGAAAGCCAGGUAAGGCCUUCACGAGGUCUUCUCCGACCACCUCGUAGAGUGGUCCUAGUGGAGUACUUCUUCCUUUUCCUUCUGUCUCUGCAUUCAAUGUAGUAUCCAGACAAAGUCUCUUGUAAGUCCAGAGCAUCAGAACGAGUACAUCUGUAUCUUGGCUCUGAAUGAACGUGGACUUUUCUCCUCUCUUUGUGGCGUCUAGACCAUACAGGAGCAUACGGGUGUCUGCUUCUUCCUGAUCACUCCUUAAGUGUUGAAUCGGUACGGUAUUAGAUGUCAUACAGUCACCUUUAGAAUUUACUACAUACAUCAUCUGCGAGUCUUUCUUGCACUCGAUGAGUUGUGUUGCAAGGAUUAUAGCCAGUGCUCCUUAUUCUGGUUGCAGUUCAAAAGAUCUUUCAUAGUUGUCUUGUCAAUAACAACAUCGACAGUAAUCAUUGUAUAUCCCUGCUCUGUUUAUAACCAGUUGUUAAACUGGCGCGUUACUUCCUUUAAGGAGUAGGGGAUCUACUAGCGGUCAAAUACAACAUGAACCUCGGUGGAAACAUUAGUCUUAGCAUCAACGACUUCUAUGAAAUGGCUUGCUAGGUCACGCUUGUUUCUUUUACCAACGAUGGCGCUCCCAGUGACUGAACUGCUGCAAUGACAUAAAAAAUUACCAAAGGCGUACUGAAAGGGUCUGGAGAGCGAGGUUGUACUGUAUGCGUUUGUGGCUACUGAUGGCGUAGAAGGACUUCUAGGAUGUUAAUCAGCUUGCUCUUGGCAAUGCAGUGUAGCAAACGGCCCUCAGAGGAGAAGGGUGUACUCGGAAACUCAGCUAACUUAAAAGUGCUUAUGGUAUCCUCCAUGUGAAGAUCAGGCCGUGAGAGAAUCAAAACUAAGAAACGUGUGAAGAGAGCUCUGUCAUCCUUUAUGGGUGCGAUUCCACUAGUUGUUUUAUUUUUCUUUGUUUGCCAGGCAAACUUCCAUGACUUUAGAUGUGCCUUUUUCUUGGGGCCUCGACGAUUUGUGCUUGAACAAACUAAUGUGCCAAAAUACGCCUGACCGAUGCCAUUUUGCAUUAGCACUCCCUCCUUGAUGUAAUCUAGCAUAACUGCUUUUUGUGAUGAUGUUCACCAGAUGACUUUUUUUGUCACGAAAGGGUCACUCACUUUAAGCACAUCUUUAAGCUUCUGUACAUUCUCGUAAAAGCGCUUUGUUAGCACAUCGCUUAAAUCACGAUGGUGUGAUGAUGAAGCUCUUUGCAAUCGCACCAUGUCCUCAGCUUGCGCCGCAAGUCGACUUAGUUCUGGUGCCACAAGGAACCAUUUUGCCAUGGCUGCUGGUUGCUGUGUCUUCCCCGAACCUUCAUCAACUUGUUGACGUGUUCUCUAGGAAGGUCCGGACCAAUUUCACAGAAUGGGCGCUCCUUCUUAGUUAUACAAAAGUUUCCUUGCAUGAAUUCAAGGCAAAUAUAGGGAUCAUCGAUCUUAAACCUGUGCAUCUGCGCUAGAUAUAUAUAGUGGCACCAUUCGUGCAAAACCCAGCCUGCCUUGAGCAAAGAAAAACCGUGCCAAAGCCUUGAGGGACUCAAGGUGAAGAUUCCAGUCUCCCUCUCUUGAUGCGCGUAUGAACAGCAAGAUACACAUUGCAAACUUCAUGUAGUCCUGUGCAAACUUGAAUUAGUAGUAACACGGAGACUCCAUGACCUUAUCAAAUCGCAAAAGCCUCUCUUGAGGCCCGCCGGUUUCCAUUGCGAUUAAAAAGUCUUUGAGUUGUGUUUCGUCCCUCGCUCACAGUAUCGACCUUCCUGUUCAUCGCAAAGGAUGCUAGUAUCACAUUUGUGUAAUCAGCUUCGCUCUUCAAAAACGCCUCCAUAUGCACAUCACUUAGAGCAGAGUCUGUUAUGCUGUGAGGUCUGAGUACGCUUCAUACGUUCCCCUUCAAGAAUCUAGCGCAUUGUAUUUGAGCCAUAUCCCCUCCGCUAUCCAUUCUUCGUAAAAGCAACUGCCCUCGAUUGAUGCCCCAAGAGUGCGUUAAGAGGUCAUUGUGCAUGAUCAUGUGCAUCUCGCCGAUUCAGAAAACCAGGUCGUCUCUUGACUGUAGGACCUUCCUAAACAUAGUAUACACCCAUUUGAUUUUAUAAGUGAAUGUAUUGUUUUAAUGCGGCAAAUUGAUAAUAAUAAAUAAAUAAAACUCCAUAAUCUUGCGGUUUUUUUCCAGAUAAAUCGCAUACACAGUAGUAGUCGUCAGGUAAAUAUGCCUUCGCACACUAAAAUCAAAUAAGAGAGGAAGAAUAAACUAUAAGCAAAUAAGGUGUUGAGUUUUAAACCACGGGGAGACCAUCAAAACGCAUGCCUUUUCUAGUUGGACUCAGACAGGAUUAUACCAUAUAUUUUCUGGUGUUUAAAAAUCGGCAGAGAACAGAAAGAGAACUAUAAAAAGCUGGAGAAUUGGACUCGUAAAUUCAAAGAGGAUUCAUUAAAAGAUGUAGUAAAUAACUGGAGAAAAGAAAAGAUGUUUCUGAAAUGACAACCCGUGUAUUUUGCUUUAAAUAUUUGAUCCAUUCGUUCAUUCCUUGUAACAGUCAAAAUGUGAUGUAAACUGCAGUUGUAAAUGCAUUUAUUAUAUUUGAUACAAAAAGUCGCGAAUCAAACUGAAGGCAUUUUGUUGUCAAUCAUCAGCUAUAUAAUGACGUCAUAUCUAAUUUGCAUAAAACAGGCCUAAAUGGCUCUGAAAAAAUUGCAGACAACUUUUUUUCCAUACAGCACCAUUUAAUCUGUAAGUUUCUGCAAAGAAACUUCAAUGUUCAUAAAACGCCCACGAGAACGAUUUUUCGGACACAUGGCCCUGGACUAUUUAGUAGUGUUAGAAAACUCAGUGUAACUUUAGUUCUAGUUUGCUCCUGCACGGACAUAAUUGUUCAGAUCCAUCGCAUAACAAAUUCAAUACUUGGUUUAUUUCCGACGUUUGAUUUAAGUAAAAACGAACUGUUUGUCCAUCCAAUUGGAAUAGUGAUCUAAUACGCCAAUAACUUCGUCAACUCAAGUAUAUUAAGGCAUGGCUCAAUUUUUGGUCUCGACCUCCCCCGCGUAGAAAAAACUGUUUUUCCUUCUACGGCCAUGGAUUUUAAUUCUAAAAGUUGCUAAAAACUUUCGAGAAUUUUCUUUUGAGGCAUUGAAUUGAUUAGGGUUGAACUGAUGUGGUCACGUGAAACGCGACGUCAUAGUGAUAUACAAAAGAAAAUGCUAAAUGGGGUAGGGAUGGUUCAUUACAACCAACUCUGAACCAUGUGUAAAGUGUUUGGUUUUUGGUACAAAGUUUUUCUGUGGCCGGAACGGAGAGAAUUUUUGAUCUCUUCAAAAGAUAUUAACAGAUAAAAAGUGUCACGUGACCUAUUUUGCUUAAUUGUUGAUUAAAUAAAAAUGGGAGUCAACCAUUGGGGCCAGAAUCAUGCAAGGAAUCAUGAUAGAAUAACAAAAAUAAUGUAUUUAAUAUCUACUGUGUGGCAUCUCGCCACCCCAUUUUUAGUUUUCUCUUCUUUCCUGGACUUGACCUUAACUAGUCACGUGACACACAAAUAUGGUUUCUUGCGUAACAGGAAAAUUAAGUUUACUGAUCUCUUUGCGGUUCCCAAAUUUUGAUAGGUGCUGGUCAAUUUUCACAAGAUUAUGAUCAUUACAAGAUUUUAUGCAAAUUAGGCUCAGGCCACGCCUUAACAUGCUUGAGAAUAAAAUGGCAUUAAUUUUUGUAGUUAAUUUCAUCGUUAUACAUCUUAUUGCUGUAAAAAUGGUCAUGAUUCGUACAUCUUUGAAGAUGUUUAUAGUGGCCUGGAAUAACUAACAAUCAUAACAUUAUCUAUGCCAUUUACCAUGAUUCACCUAAGUGCCCCUAUCUCCUUAACUCUAGUACACUGUAUAUUUUUCUUGCUCCAUGCAGGUCAAAAGUGUGGUGGCAUUGGCUACAUCGUAGGUCGUUGUGGCAAAGGACUAAAAUGUAACUUGGCUUAUGCUACUUACACGAACCCCGUGGGUUAUUGUGUUCCGGUGUUGAAUCCUACAACGACUCCGGUUCAAAAACUUUUAACACGGAGACCGUUUUUUUCUACCACCUUACACGACUGGGUGACUUUAGAUCAACAGUCGGCGGUUCCAAGGCAUGAUAUUCCCGGUGUUCCAAUCAAUAGCGUGGCUGAAAAUAAUCCUAGGAUAGAACAAAAGUCGCCUGAAAACAAUGACAAAUACUUCGUUCAUUCAGCUGGCUCGUGGAAUAUGGAGAUUGUCGAUGAUCAUGAUACGCCACGAGCACCUUUACGUCUAAAGAAUGCGACACAAAACACAACGCAGACUAGCAACCAGAAGCGACAGAGGACAGUCAAUAAAGGUAGUAGUGAAUAUAUAUUAGCUUUAGUUAUAGAACUGAUCUAGAUGUGGUUUCAAACCACAUCUUUCUAACUUUCUAACUUGAUUCGGAAUCAAGUUAGAAAGAUCGAAGACAAGCGAGUUGUUUGACGUAUUCAGGCUUCUUUGGGAAUUGCGGGAUUUUGGCCAAGUUUUUUCAUGCGUUUCUUUUUAUACAUGCACCAAGUGAAAAUUGACGGGCGAGGAGCAUAAACGGACAUAAAAGAAGAGAAAAAAAAGAAAGAAAGAAAGAAAGGGCAAUAUCUAGCCAUCUAGACCAAACGUGCUUGGUCUGUUAAUAAGUUUAAACUUAUUACAUCAUAUUUUAACUUAUUAUAUUGCCAAAGCCGGAAAACGGCUGCGAGAACAAAUUAAAGAGGGGAAUAGCCAGUGGUGACUACAGGAUCUACUCCAUCUUGUUAGCACGCCAAUUCAAGCCAGCCGUGUAAUAAAGUGGUUGCAUGAAUAAACUACCAAAAAGACCACUCACAAAUCACCUUGGUGUUAGAAUUAUACCAUUCCAUCCUCUUUGUACUAGCGCCGUUUAGAUAUAUCAUUUAAAGGAUCUGUGUCACGAAAUUAAGCCAAAGUUAGGAAAUUGCAAAAUGCCCGUUGAAUUACUUGAAGAGAAAACAUAAAAAUAACCUCUUAAAACCUUAAAGGAAGGUUAAAAUAACACAACAGAAACAACAGAUGCCACGGAUGGGCGAAACUGAAGAAGAGUGAAACGGAUUGAAAUUAGGGUUUUUGAAAACUGUUCAGUCUAACAGUCUUUCAAAGUUGAUCCCUGCUGCUUGCAACUUCAAAAAUAAUGCUCGGGAGACAUAUUUGUUUGUCUCGUAUAUAUGAUUUUGUCAUUUACAUGUAAUUUUUUUGCUGACUUUAAGUUCCAUAGCGAUUGAGGGCGAGUAAUUGGCAAAAUUAAACAAAAUGAACUGGACUGCCGUGACACAGCCCCUUUAAGUCCACAUAUGUUGGACUAAUAAGGUGAAUCAGAGGAUGUUUACAUGUCAUAUAGUGCUGAUUGUAUGAUCCUUAUUUUUUCUACGUUACAGCCUCUGCUGAUGACUUUAUUUCCGAUAUAUCUCCAGCAGUGAUCUUUGUGGCUGUCACAGGAGGAGUAUUUUUAUGUUUAGUUGGUUUGCUGUUUCUUCCGACGUCUCAUAGAAGCUUACAGAACUAA